AGUUCUACUUUAUGAAUAACUAUUCGUAUAACCGGUAAAAAAUUCUCUAUCAAUAAAAAUAAUAUUCUCUUGUGUAUAAUACAUAAAUAUGUUUAAAAUCUUAUAUACAAUUAAUGAACAUUAAUACAACUGUUUUGCAUAAUCGUUGAUAUCUAAAUAAAUAAAAAUGAUUGCUAUUGGAUUUGAAGGUAGUGCUAAUAAAUUAGGUAUAGGAAUUAUUAAAGAAGAUGAAAUUUUGUCAAAUGUCAGAGAAACUUACAUUACUCCUCCUGGUGAAGGAUUUCUUCCUAAAGAAACUGCACAACACCAUCGCAAUCACAUUCUACCACUUCUCAAGAAAGCAUUAAAGGAGGCACAUUUAUCAAUGAAAAGUGUAGAUAUAAUUUGUUAUACAAAAGGUCCUGGUAUGGGUGCUCCUUUAUCAGUGACUGCAGUUGUAGCACGAACAAUAGCACAAUUAUAUAAUAAACCAAUAGUUGCUGUUAAUCACUGUGUGGGUCAUAUAGAAAUGGGUAGACUAAUAACUAAAAGUAAUAAUCCAAUUGUAUUAUAUGUUUCUGGUGGAAAUACUCAAGUUAUAGCUUAUUCUCAACAAAGAUAUAGAAUAUUUGGGGAGACUAUUGAUAUUGCUGUUGGAAAUUGUUUAGAUCGAUUUGCAAGAUUAUUAAAUCUUUCAAAUGAUCCUAGUCCUGGCUAUAACAUUGAACAAUUAGCAAAAAAAGGUAAAAAAUUUAUACCACUACCUUAUGUUGUUAAGGGAAUGGAUGUGUCAUUUUCUGGGAUUUUAACUCAUACCGAAGAACGUAUUAAUAAUUGGCUUCGAUCAAACGCAUACACUGUAGAAGAUUUAUGUUUCUCAUUGCAAGAAACUAUAUUUGCAAUGUUAAUUGAAAUAACAGAGCGUGCAAUGGCGCAUGUAGGCUCGGAUGAAGUGCUGAUCGUCGGAGGUGUCGGCUGCAACGAGCGGCUCCAGGAAAUGAUGGGCGUCAUGUGUGAGGAACGCAAGGCCAAGCUCUACGCCACAGACGAGCGAUUUUGCAUUGACAAUGGAGUGAUGAUUGCCGUCGCUGGGCUGCUUCAAUUUAAAUCAGAGGGCCACGGUACAGCCUGGAAUGCAACAAAUUGCGUGCAAAGAUAUCGCACGGACGACGUGCAUGUGACUUGGCGCCAAUGACACUUUGAGCAAACAGUAAAUGAUAUUUCUAUCAUGUGUAAACAAUAUCAAAUUGCAGGAAAAGGAGAAGGGCGCUGAUGGAGGGUGUACGUUACUACUCAAUGAAUUUUGGAUUUGUGUAUUUAGAGUCGAUUUUUUCUAAUAACAAAUUUUUCUAUUAAUAAAGCUUUUCGU